CGUCUCGUGCCGAAUUUCCAAGUGCAGGCCGUCAAAUCGAAGGCACACCUUCGAUAUAAUGAUUUUUUUUUUUUUUACGAAAUGGAAAACUUGUUAGUUUGUCACUUUCAUGAAGGUUUAUGACGACUUCAUGAAUGGAAACUGAUGAAACCGAGAUGAUAAUUCUCACCCCAACCCUAAUAGGACAUCUCACUUAAAAUCUAAUUUUGGGGAUCUCUCAAGGCGUAAUCCAUGCUGUCAGAUGAGCUUGACUCCAAACCUGAGCUGCUGGUUCGGUUUGUCCAGAACGCAUCCAUACCUCUGGGGCAGGGUCUGGAGGACUCGGAGCCCAAACACAUCUGCCUUCCCCUGCUGGCUCCCGCAGACAGCUCCCUGUGCACACGGCUGGGUCUGACAGAGGGUGGUCUCAGCCAUGUGUCAACAAGGUCUCCAUCCCGUUCAGAGUUUGGGGGUGCAGAGCGGAGCCCCAUGGUGGUGCACCACCACCCCCGCAGCCCUCACAUGCCCCCCAGCCCCCCUCCCGUCCUCCAUGACCUGCAACGGUCAGAGAGCACCUCCUAUGUCCUUUUGAACCUCGCCAAAGGUCUAGCAACCUCCUCUGAGCCCCUAAUCUUCUCAGCAGAUGGUGCAGAGGAAGAGGAAGAAGAGGUGAUCUCGUCCGGGGAUUGUGGAGUGGAUGGCACUGCCCCCUGGUACCUGAGGGUACAGGAGCUGGCGCACGACAGCCUCAUCGCAGCCACGCGGGCACAGCUGGCUAAAGAUGCCAAGGCUAGCCAGGACGCUAGGGCUGGGAAUGGCACCAACAGCGACCACCUGCCCAGCUUCCUAUCGGAGGGGGCGAAGAGAGAACAGCCGGCGAGACCCACUCGUACACUGUCGUCUAAACAGAUCCUCCGCUGCUCCUUUGAGGGCUGCUACAGAACCUUCACCUGGCCUGCUCACCUCAAAUACCACCUCAAAACACACAGGAACGACCGCACGUUCCGGUGUGGGGCAGAGGGCUGUGGGAAGAGUUUCUACGUGCUGCAGCGUCUGCAGGUCCACAUGAGAACUCACAAUGGCGACAAGCCCUUCAUCUGCAAAGAGAAAAACUGUGGCAAGAAGUUCACCACCGCAGGAAACCUCAAGAACCACAAACGCACACACACAGGUGAGAAGCCCUUCUUGUGUGAAGCAGAUGGUUGUGGUCGGUCCUUCGCUGAGUACUCCAGUCUACGCAAACACAUGCUCGUACACUCAGGAGAAAAGCCCCACCAGUGUGGGAUCUGUGGGAAGACGUUCUCUCAGAGCGGUAGCAGGAAUGUUCACAUGAGGAAGAGACAUGGAGAGGAGGCUCAGGGGAACGAGGGCAGAGAAACGGGUAACACACAAACUAGGCUAGUGGUCUCCAAGCCUGGUUACGAGCGUUCUUUCUUCCAGUUCCAACCCACCACAAACGCACCCAAUUCAGCCGCAGCCUUGGUGUGUGUAUGUGUGGAACCAGCCCGUUAUUUUCCAUCUGGAAAGUUCAAUAUGGCACACAAACAUACCUGUAAUGUACAGUAUGUCCCCUGUGUGUUAUUGACAGGUGAGGCUUUGACACACAGCAGUUUACUGGAGGCCGACGGGUCGCCCGUCGACACCAUGGUAACCAUGACUACAGGGGUUGAUCCAAUUAACGUCCACCAUGCCAUGCUGCGAGCCCAAGGCUCGGCAGACUCGGUGGUUGUUCUCUCUCAACCCCAUGACCUGGUCACCAUGACAACAGCAAGCCACACAUACCCAGAGGAUGUGGUGGCCCUGUUGUAGUCAAGUCUGUUGGGCAAAUCUCAGGCAUUUGAGGCAAAGCUCUCUGUACAUAGAUGCAUCCUUCACUUUUAGCCCUGUAGAUAUCUGUAAUUAGCUACUAAGGGUUUUAUUUUGAGAAAGAUCGUAUGAAAUGUUCUAGAACUUGUACAAAGAUGUUUUCUGUAGUUUAUAAAUACAAAUGACUAUCAGGUGACUUUCCAAAGAAAUAAGACAGAUAUACAAAUCGUGAGUUUUAUUAAAAGAAAGUACAUGUAGCUACCUGGAUUUGUCAUUGUGAAACGUACUAAAUCAACUGUGUAAGCUCAACAUGCAGUGUUUUGUAAAACACUAUUAAGGCUGUUGUUUUUAGCUUAAUUCACAAAUGAAUCAAGUCGAUAGCUGACGUAAGACUAUUUGAAAAGGACAUUAUUAAAUGUGCUCCGUCCUCCAUCAUUAGUAGAAAGGAAACGUUGAAAUCAGUUGCAAACUCCCAAGCUGCUAUUGGAACUAAAGCACAGUACGAUUUGAUGCACAGAGGGCUGCAUGUAGAACAAUUGAACACACUUUUUUUUGAAAAGCACACUCUCAUACCAGUUUAUUUUUUCAAUGAAAAUAAAGAUCACACCCAAGUGAUAUUAAACAGACGGUCAAAAUAUCCACCUUUUAUACAGUAACACAACUAAGUGGCGUUUCAGUCAGCGACAGCCCCCAGUGCUUUAAUAGAGAUGUAAAUAAUAUGAGACCACUGUGCUAUAGCAACCAGUCACAUGAAAACAACAGACCUACUGAACUAUAGGACCAACCAUUUAGGUGUUGGGUAACAAAAAUAGUUGUAACAAUUGUAAUGUUAUCUCAGAAAUGUCAAAUCUUGAUAGUCAAAUAGUAAGUCAAAGAUGCAAGGCAUAUUUUUAAGACAUUACAAUUCACACUAAGGCAGGGUCAAAGGCUGUUAUGUUUAAAACAACAAUAGUUCCUCAGUCCAUUUAUUUUUGAGCACCAUCUAAUCCAGUGGUUUUCCCCUCCUGCCCACCCAGACCUGUGGCUCCUUGUCUAUCUGUGGAUCUUUAGGUUCUGGAAGUGGUUGAAUGUGGCACCUAAAGCCCAGCUUGUCUCCACGUUGUUGACUUUCUUAGUCAGCUAGGGAAGAGAGACAACACACACCAAAUCACAAAACAUGUCUUUUUGUAUUUAUUUAAAUAAAUAAAACAUUUGAACUGA